CUGACUCAGGCAGCAAACCCCGAACUGUUUGCGACCUCUGAGUGGCUGGCCACUGUCUCUAGCCUCGUUUUGCUGUGGCUCACUCCCUUGUUCACGCUUGUUGGGUUUACAGACCAAGCAUUGAAAAAGCAAUGCUGGUUCAUAUUGGAAUGGGCCCUGACACUGACAGUACAUCCAUCCAGAAGAUCUAGCUACGAUACCGUGAAAAAGACUGAGAAAGGGGGAUGGUCAGAAAGGCAGACACUAGGUGGCCUCAAUGUCCAACUCCUCCCGAGAUCUGCCCUCUUCCUCCCAUUGAACUGUGCCUUGGAAGCUGACAGGUGA